AUGGCGCCAGCCACCCGCAUCCCCGCCUCAGCGCCAACCUCGCUGGCCGCUCCUCCUCGCCGCCUCCCUCCUCGCGACGACGAGCCACCUCCCGCUCCUCAUCCACAACGCGGGCCCGCCCCCCGACGCGCCGACGGCCUUCCCGUCGCCUCUGCCCCGGCUGCCGGCAAGGCCCGCCGUGUCGCCGUCGCCCAGCCGGCGCCUCCCGUCCCGACCUCGACCACGACCUCGAGCUCGUACAAGGGCCGGUCGGCCGACGCGCGCGGGCAAGGAGGGGCGUCCAGGGUCAAGCCCAGUCAGUGCAGGACGGUGCCCGAGCCGUUGAAGCACAAGCCCGGAACUGCCUCGACCGCCGCGACCUCGCGCCAACCCGGCGCCGCGCCCUCGUCCACUGCCCGCCGCGACGCCGCCGCCGCCGCCGCAGCCCCGUCGACCGUCGUCGCCAACAAGAAGCGCAAGUCGGUCGCCGUCGAGGCCGAGCCGGCCAAGCGCGCGCGCACGGGCGGCCCGCAGCCCUCGCGCGUGGAGGUGGCCGAGGACGUCGCCGUGCGCGGUCAAGGGCGCGCCAAGGUCGCGGGCAAGACGAGCAGCCGCAGCUCGGGCUUGCGAGGUCGGCGCGACCAGGGCAAGGGCGCGGGCGCGGGUAAGAUCGAGGCGCGCCCGUCCAAGUUCGCCGGUGCGUCGGGCGCCUCGUCACCCGAGCGCGCGCACAAGGACCCGCAGCUCGAGCAGCACGGCAAGGUCGCCUUCAACGCCGACGGCGUGCCGGUCGUCGCGAGCAAGAAGCGCAAGGUGCACGCCCUCGUCGACGAGGUGCAGCUCGAGAACGAGAACGACGACGCCUCUCGCGGCAACAAGAAGCGCAAGAGCAACGCCGCACGCGCGGCGCUCACGCCCUCGCCGCCUCGUCGCCGUCGCCCUGCGCCCGCACCUUCCGGCCGAGCCGCCCCGGCGCCGCAGCCCCAGGUCCCCGCCCAGCUCCAGCGCCCGCCCGUGCCCGGCCGCAACCCGUCGUCGAGGGUGCACGACGUCGCGCACCGGCGCAACGCCUCGGCGCCGGCACCGGCGCUCAAGCCCUCGGCGGCCUUCGUGGGCCCGCCCCCGCCGCGCCCUCCCGUGCCACGCCCCUCGCCCAAGUUCCUCCCCAACGCGGCCAAGCGCGAAAAGGACCGCGCCGAGGGCGUCAAGGCGCGCGUGCCGGAGCCGACGACAGCGCUGUACCGGCGCCAGGGCAGCGCGCUCGCAGGCGCCGCUCAGCCUCGCGGCCCGCUCGUCGCCGUCAAAACCGUCGGCAAGAGCAAGAAGGUCGUCGUCGCUGAGCCGCAGCCGCAGCCGCAGCCGCCGCGAGCCGAGAAGCCGCAGCGCAGCCGCAGCACGGGCCAGGGUGCCAGUCGCGGCGGGGGCGACGUCGAGUCGGCGCGCGACCUGCGCCACGAGCGCUACGAGCGCGUCGAGCGGGACGAGCGCCAGGUGCCGAGAGCGGCGACGACGAGCGGCGCACUCGCCGGGCCCGGCCCGAGGAGCGAGGCGGCGGCGAGCGCGGCGCGGCAGAUGGCGCUCGUGCGGGGCGAGGGGGGCGCGCCGGGCGUUGGCGAGGUCAAGGGGAGAGGAGGGGGCACGGGCAUGGAGCGGGUCCGGGCCGGGAAGGCGGCAGCAGGGCGGUCGAUGGCGGAGGACGUUGAGGCGCAGCGGGCGCUACACGCGGCCGUCAAGGGGCUCAGGGUCAGAGCCUAUCUGGCGAAGCAGGGGCCAGAGCAGAAGGAGUCGGCCAACUCGGUCGGCCCUGACUCGGACAACUCGCUCGUCGGGUACGAGGAGCUCGUCGACAACGCCGACGACGACGUCGCCCUCCUCAACGAGGCGCAGCCCGCGCUCGACCCGUCGAGCGCCGGCGAUGACGACGACGACGACGAGCUGCGCGAGCGCGCGCCCGACGACGCACUCGAGCGGCGCCGACGCGCCGACGCCUGGGCGGCCGGGCGGCACGAGCGCGGGCUGCGCAACGCCCGCCUGCGUGCGGAGCGCGAGUACUGGGAGGCCGAGUGGCGCGACUUGACGCGCCGCUACGAUGAGUUUGUCGCGAGCGAGCGAGCGGCGCGCGAGGCGUUGUGGCAGGAGGUGUGCGCGCUCGAGGAGGCGGCUCGUCGCCAUCUCGCCACCCUCGCCGACCUCGACUCGUCCGCCUCAUCCGCGGCCGCGAGCGACGGCGCCGACGACGCGCAGCCCUCGCCGCGCCUCCCGCACCCGCACCAGCGCCGCCGCAGCUCGGUCGUGCACGAGCAGCGCCAGGGCGAGCGGGCGAGCGACGUCGAGGAGGAGGUCGAGGAGGGCCCGGCGGGAGCGCCCGAGCGGGAGCAGGAGCAGGAGGACGACCUGGGGCCGGUCGGCGCCGCCGAGCUCGACGAGGACGACGGCGCGGGCGAGGAGGAUGGUGCGGUACAGCAGGGUGUCGGGCAGGCGGCACAAGGCCAGCUCGACGAGGGCGAAGCCGAGGGUCGCUCGUCAUCGCCCGUCCAGCAUGCUCAGCAGCACGCCGCCGACCAGGACAAGCGCGUCGUCGAGCAGGGCGACGACGACGGCUACAUCUUCGACCAGGACUUUGGCGGCGGCGCGAGCAGCAGCAGCCCGCCGGCCGACCCCGACCGCCGCCGCGCCAGCCUCGACCCGCGCGCCGACCACCGCCCCUCGCCCUCACCCUCACGCUCACCCUCGCCCUCGCCCUCGCCCUCGUCUCAGCCCGAGCCCGAGCCCGCCGCCGCCAAGCGCCAGACGGUCCGCCAGCCGGCCGCCGCCGCCGCCAAGAAGGCGCCUCAACCCGCCGCGCAGCCUGCGCCUCGCCCCGUCCUGCCCCCGAGCAAGGCCCGUCCACCCGCCGUGCGCCCGCCGGGCGCCCCGUCCGCGCGCACCUCGCGCACUGGCGCAGCCGCCUCGCGCUCGUCCGUCGAGGAGCGCACCCGCCCUCGCCCGCCGCCGCCGUCGUCGCCCGACUCGCGCGCCGCGACGAACAAGGCGCCGCGGUCCAAGAUGACCAAGGCCGAGCGGCGGCGCGUGUUUGGCAAGAAGGGCCGCCCGACGCAGUGCCCGAUCAACGGGAAGAACCGCGCAUGCUGUUCAUUGCGCGAGGACCGCCUCAAGUGGCGCCCGCGCAACUGGGCCCGCCAGCCCUCGUCGUCGCCGUCGCCGUCGCCGUAG